AUGCGGUAUUUACGUGCCAAAGGAAUUCGCAAAGCCCUGCGUCAGUUUCACUUUCUAUGUGGUCUUAAAGCACCAUACAAGGUACUAUUGGAUGGUAAUUUUAUUGCCAUGUGUCUACAGAUGAAAGUGGAUGUGCAGGAGCGUGUACCCAAGUAUUUACAGGUCAAACCGUACGAGUGUGAGUUUUACGUGCCUCGUGCAGCACUGGAGGAGCUGCAGCUAUUGGGGAAGACUAUGAAGGAAGCCUAUGAAUUGGCCAAGAGCUUUAAAGUGGCGGAGAGUUAUGACCAAUCAGAGAAAGAGGAGGGCAAACCCGUGGACGUGUCCAAGGCCAUUCAGAUCAUCAUUGGAGACAAGAAUGACCGCAAAUUUGUCGUGUGCACGCAGGAAGUGGAGCUUCGGAAGGCACUACGUCUUGUACCUGGUGUGCCACUUAUGUACUUGAACCGCUCUGUGUUGGUGUUUGAGGAGAUCUCGCACGCUACGCUGGCGAUCGUACGGCAGGAGGAAAAAAACAAUAGGGCCAAGCUCGACGUGAACGAGAAGAGAAAGCUGAAACAAAUGCAGGCUGGAGAAAGCGAAGAGGGACAAGCAGAGAAGCAGCGAUUGCUGAAGAAGAGAGCAAAGGGUCCGAAUCCGCUAUCGGUCAAGAAACCUACGAACAAAAAGGUUCGCUCCAAGCAGAAAAAAAAACUAAAACUGUAG